AGUCUUUUUCCUUCUGGAGUCAUCUGAACCUUUUCUUUCAUUCUUUUACCUUGUUCUUUCUUUAUUAGGGUUAGGGUUUUUAGCUUCUCCUGCUACUCCCCUUGCUUAUCCCUCCCUCGUUGUAUUCUCAGGCCAAGCGCCAAGGUCUUUCCUUUUCCCCAUCUGGGUCAUUGGAGCAUUGGGAAUUUUGUCGUUCUUUCAAUUGUUACUUCAUCGCUUUUUGAGCUUUCUUCUGUUUUUGGAUCUGAAUCUGUUGCGGACCGUCAAUGGAAGCCAGAAAGAGAGGGAGGCCUGAAGCCGGCGGCAACGCUAAUGGUGGAUUCAAGAAAUCUAGACAAGAAAUGGACUCGUUAUCAACCGGUGUAGGAAGCAAAUCGAAGCCAUGCACCAAGUUUUUCAGUACUAACGGGUGUCCAUUUGGUGAGAGCUGCCACUUCUUGCACUAUGUUCCGGGUGGUUACAAUGCAGUCUCCCAAAUAAUGAACCGAUCCUCCGCCCCUCCCAUGUCGAGGAAUGUCCCUACCCCACCACCUAUGUCCUAUGGCAACACACCGCCUGCUCCUCCCUAUGGCUCUUCUUCCUCCCCUCCAAUUAAAAACCGUUUGUGUAACAAAUACAUCAGUGCAGAAGGAUGUAAAUAUGGUGACAAAUGCCAUUUUGCACAUGGUGAGUGGGAGCUUGGAAGGCCAGUUGCUCCAUCUCAUGAUGAUCCUCGGAUGAUGGGCGGGCCUAUGCCUCCAAUGCCGGGGCGUAUGGGAGGGAUGCGAAUGGACCCACCACACCAACCAGGCCCGGUUCCCGGGUUUGGUGAUACAACAACUACCAAAGUCAGUGUGGAUUCUUCCCUUGCAGGAGCCAUUAUCGGGAAAGGUGGCGUGAAUUCCAAGCAGAUAUGUCGGCAGACAGGGGUGAAGCUUUCGAUCAGGGACCACGAGACAGACCCCAACUUGAGGAACAUUGAGCUUGAAGGGACCCUUGAGCAGGUUGGCAGAGCUAGCGCAAUGGUGAGAGAGCUAAUCGGGAACGUUGGUCAUGGAGGUGGACAUGGAAGAGGAGGCUCAGGAGCUUCUGGGGAGAAGCAGCAUCCUGGCAGCAAUUAUAAGACGAAGAUAUGUGAUAAUUUUAACAAAGGGACUUGCAGUUUUGGUCAGAGAUGUCACUUUGCUCAUGGUGCUGCUGAGUUGCGGAACUCGGGUGCAGGAGGUAUGUGAAAAUGCCAGUGGUUGUUGUCGACCUUUUUUAGCAUAUAGCUAGGUUAGCUUGGCUGGCUGAGGUUGUGUGAAAGAGAACCAGACAUGGGUUUAUUAGGUAGCUCUGCUUUUUACUGUGUCAGGGGGAUACCAUUCGUUAGUGGAAGAGACAUGGUUGUUCAUACCAGCAUUCUUUUUACCGUUUUUGUCUUCUCAUGUUUAAGCUAGUACGUCGCAUCGUUUAGUGAACUUCCUCAUGUGAUUUCUGGUCGAAUUUGUUUUCAUUUUCGACCUUUUGACAGAUGAACCAUCUCAUGUAGUAAUAAAGAUGCAAACUAUCGGGUUACACAUGUUGUGGAGAUGACAAUAAGAUAACACAGAUUCCGGUUGGCAAUAAUAAAUAGAGCUAGUACCAGAAUACGCCUUUACUCUGCU